AUGGCUGUCUGGGGCCUAUCGCUGCUGAUUCUGUCCUUGACAUUUCUAAUACACCGGCAUCCACCAAACACAUGGCGCCUAUCAUGGUCGCUCCUUCCGCCUCCCGACUCGAAACACAUCAAGGCGACGCUCGAGGAUUACGAUGACAAGAAAAAGACUCGGGAAAAGCAGGGAAUGGGCGAAGAUACGACAACAGUCAAGGAUGAAUCAGAAGUCAAGGUAGAAGAGGAGGGCAGCGACGAUCAAAAGACACCUCAAGCAAAACCCGCUGCUCCAUCAAUGGCCGUUCCUUCCUUUUCGCUCGACUCGUCAGAUGCGCCGACUGCUCCUUCCUUCUCGCUGGACGCGCCAAAACCAGAAACUGCACCUUCCGUACCAGCAGCAGAACAAGGCCCAAUGCUCCCACCGCCGAGAAUCUCGCCCAAACCACAAACUGCACCCUCGUCGAGAGCACCAACAGCGCCCUCAUCUCUCAUGCCGCCACCCUCGUUCCCAGCGCCCAACUCUGCUCAACGCGCCUCUCAGUCUUCGUCUCUCAUGCCCCCUCCCUCGCGGCCCACCCCCCGCUCGUCUCUCGGCGUACCCGCUAUACCAUCCAGACAACCACCACUCUCCUCGGCCGCCCAGGCCCGCGCCCCUCCACCACGCAUAGAUACACCCAAAUCUUCUGGCAGCAAAGUAAAGCUCGCCCCUGGCUUUUCACCCCUCGACUGGGCUUCUCUAGCCGCAUCAAAGAACCUCGCCAACGUUUCGUCGUUUACCCGCGUCACACCGUCGAUGCUGGCGGAAAAGAAUGGGAGAAAGGGGAAUGAUGCUUGGAGUGUGUACAAUGGAAAAGUUUACAACAUCACUCCCUAUGCACCGUUUCAUCCUGGUGGCAAAGGUGAAUUGUUGAGGGCGGCGGGCAAGGACGGCACAAAGUUGUUUCUGGAGGUCCACCCUUGGGUCAAUUGGGAGGGCAUGCUGAAUUCAUGUUUGGUCGGUGUCAUGGUUUCCGAGAGCGAAGAUGAAGGUCUGGAUGCCAUGGAUUGA